AUGAACUCCGUGUCGCCGGCCGCCGUUCAGUACCGGAGCGGGAGUCCGGAGGACGCGCGCCGCCCGGAGGGCCGCAGGCCGCGGGGACCCCGAACCCCAGACCCCAACGGCCUGGGGCCCUCCGGAGCUAGCGGCCCCGCUCUUGCAUCGGCCGGGACCGGCCCCGGAGAGCCGGACGAAGUGGACAAGUUUAAGGCGAAGUUCCUGACCGCUUGGAACAACGUCAAGUACGGUUGGGCAGUCAAAAGCCGGACCAGCUUUAGCAAGAUCUCCAACGUCCAUCUCUGUGGCCGCCGCUACCGCUUCGAGGGCGAGGGUGACAUCCAGCGUUUCCAGCGGGACUUUGUAUCCCGCCUAUGGCUCACAUACCGCCGGGACUUCCCACCCCUCGCGGGAGGCAGCCUGACCUCAGACUGUGGCUGGGGGUGCAUGUUACGAAGUGGGCAGAUGAUGCUGGCUCAGGGCCUUCUGCUUCAUUUCCUGCCCAGAGACUGGACGUGGUCCCAGGGCGCAGGCCUGGGCCCCCCUGAGCCUUCGGGGUUGGCCUCUCCCAACCGGUACCGAGGGCCUGCCCGGUGGAUCCCUCCGCGCUGGGCCCAGGCCCCUGAGCUGGAGCAGGAGCGCCGGCACCGGCAGAUUGUGUCCUGGUUCGCUGACCAUCCCCGGGCCCCCUUCGGCCUACACCGGCUGGUGGAGCUGGGGCAGGGCUCAGGCAAGAAGGCAGGCGACUGGUAUGGGCCAUCUCUGGUGGCACACAUACUCAGGAAAGCUGUGGAGAGCUGCUCAGAGGUCACCCGCCUGGUGGUGUACGUCUCCCAGGACUGCACAGUAUACAAGGCGGACGUGGCACGCCUGGUGGCCCGGCCAGACCCUACGGCUGAAUGGAAGUCCGUGGUCAUCCUGGUACCAGUGCGGCUUGGUGGAGAAACUCUCAACCCCGUGUACGUGCCCUGCGUGAAGGAGCUCCUCCGUUCAGAGCUGUGCCUGGGCAUUAUGGGGGGCAAGCCCCGCCACUCGCUGUACUUCAUCGGCUACCAGGAUGACUUCCUGCUCUACCUGGACCCACACUACUGCCAGCCCACCGUGGAUGUCAGCCAGGCCGACUUCCCCCUGGAGUCCUUCCACUGCACCUCACCCCGCAAGAUGGCCUUUGCCAAGAUGGACCCGAGCUGUACUGUGGGCUUCUAUGCUGGAGACAGAAAGGAGUUUGAAACACUCUGCUCAGAGCUGACCAGGGUCCUCAGCUCCUCCUCAGCCACAGAGCGAUACCCCAUGUUCACCCUGGUCGAUGGCCACGCUCAGGACCACAGCCUGGAUGACCUCUGCUCCCCACCCUCCCAGCAGACACUGCGGCUCCCUCGCAGUGGCCGGCUCCUCAAGGCUAAGCGCCCAAGCUCUGAGGACUUUGUGUUUUUAUAA